AUGUAAAGUAUUUUGAAAACACCUAACAAACCUAUUCCCUCUAAAACUGUUUAAUCAAUUAACUUAGCUUAUCCUACUGCAGCUACUGCCUUUUAAUUUAAUCCACUAUCAAGCCCUGGAGCUCACAACCCAUCCCCAAAUAUAAUCUCUAAUUUUCAAACUUAAUGCUAAAUUAGUUCCAGGCAGUUUUUAACCAAAAAAAAUAUCAGCAACUUCUGUUAAAAUUGGAACAGCAAAAGACCACCAUUGGCAAUUCCUACUUGUGCUCCUUUACCUGGAAAAUAUAACUACUAAUCAAAAAUAAUUGCAUCUUAAGGUACCCAUUCUUGA